AUGGCAGGCAAAAAAGUCAAGGAACAAGGCUGCAAAAACGGCAAAACGUCCCAGGCUAUCUCGACGACAGCGGAAGACCCAGCCGAGUUUACUGCUCAAGAGCUUGCCGAUGGCGAACUUCUCUUGCAAGCGAUUAUAGCCGCAGAAUCCGACAACGAGAAGCCUGAAAGUGGAGGGUCUGAGGACAAGGAUAUCGUUUACGACAUGCCAUAUAUCCUCGCUCACAUGGAUCAGAAAUUUCACCACAUCGGCGACGGUCGGUACAAGCGCGGUCCCAAGCCGAGGCAGGACGGUGAGGGAAGGAAGGACAAGGAGGCGGGGACCGCAGGCGGUAGCAGGGGGUGA